UAUUUCUCGACCGUUUUAUUGCCUUUUUCUUCAAUCUUCUUUCAUAAUCCGACGCUCCUCUCACUCUCUCAAUAGAAAUGGAGACCCUUUAACCAUAUCUUCAUCGUCCUCCUUCGUUGGACCAAAACUGUGUUAUCUGAAACCAAGAAGAAGAAAUCCCUAAUGGGUUGUUUUCUCGUUUGUUUUGGUUCGUCAAAGGAUAAGAAACGCCGAAAACAGAGGAACAAGAUCCUCCUUCGAGACCAAAGACAUGAUACGGUCUCUUCAGAGCAGGACAUCUCAGAAGAAGCCAUCAAUCCGGUUUCCGAAUUGCGAGAUAACCCUGAGGAACAAUUGAGCUUGAGUACUAGGAAGAGAGUUACAUUUGAUUCAGCUGUCAAAACCUAUGAACCUGUUUCAGUCCAUGAAAGUAGGGAUUUUGGAGUGGACAGUGACAAAGCUAGUGAGAAGGAAAACGGGGAAAAUUAUUCAAAAUACAGCCAAUCCCAUUCUCUCUCCGAGGAUGAUUCAGUCACUUCAAGCACGGGAUCUUACCCUCCAAAUCAUAGGUACCAGAACUGCAGGGACAGUGAUGAUGAAGUUGAAGAACUAGAUGACGAGAACAGUGAUUUAGAUGAUGAGGAACUCGGAGAAUACGAGGAUUGUGAUGAAGAUGGUGAUGGUGAUAUUAGAAUUGUAGGUGGAGAAGUGUGGUCUGAGUCAAUUCCAGCUGUAUCAAUGGAGUCGAGGACAGAACUGGAGAGUCCAAUGACAGUUUCUGGCUUGGGGGAGCGAGAAGUGAAAUCACUGGGUUUGCCACGAAAGGCAAGAGAUAGGAGUGUCUAUGUUCAUCCUGUGCUCAACCCAGUAGAGAACCUCACUCAGUGGAAAGCUGUGAAGUCAAAAGGUACUCCACCAUUGAAGUCAAAUAAGGAGAAUUGCACAACAGACCAAGAAGCAGUGCCUAUUCCAUUUAGUUCAGAACCAAGUUUUAAGGAGGGUUUCAAGUCCAAAUCCAAACAGUCCAAGAAUUUGAAUCGAGAAAUAGCCGUUGAUACUAGUCUUUCGAAUUGGUUGGUAUCUCCUGAAACCGCCCCCACCAAGAGCACUAGCUCCACUGGGCUUGAAACCAUUACCUUUGAGAAAAGCAUAUCCCAAGGAUCAAAUUCUCCGUGGAGCAUAGAAGAUAGACCAAUUUUAGGAGCACUGACGGUUGAGGAGUUGAGACAGUUUUCAGCAUCAUCGUCGCCAAGGAGGUCACCAAGUCGAAGCCCUGAUGAAAUGCCCAUAAUAGGUACAGUGGGGACCUACUGGAAUCACACAGGAGGCCAAGCCAAAAAUUCUGGUUCAGUCUCUGCCUACAAAGGCAAAACAAACACAACCAGCAAGUACAGAGAGGCUUGCAGGAUAAGAGAGUGAACCAUUUGGAGACGAGGCUGGAGAGAGCUUUGAAUAGAGGUGCUGCUGAAGCUUAAUCAUCUACUCAUCUUCCCAUUGCAGCUUGUGGAGAUGAUUGUGGGGUGUUUUUAUUUAUAUUGAUAUACAUAUACAUAAAUAUUUCAUGUUUGUUUUCUGCAUAUUCCAUUAAUUAUUUCUGUUUGUCAUUAUGUUGUGAAUUCGGUGUGAUUUGAAACUGUUUGUUUGUUGUAUUUAUUUAUUAUUUUAAUAUGAUGGUUCAUUGAAUUUAUUGAUUUA